GCAAAGGAAGCAAAAAGGACAUAACCCGAAACUGGAGACCCAGAGUCUGACUGGGACUGCGUCUCUUCCGUUCCCUUGCCUAUUUCAUUUUCCUCGCUCGCAAAACGAUUCGUCAUCUCACAAAACAUUGCUUCAUACCUUUAUUUGCCUUUUCUCUCGUCUUUUACAUUUUGAUUUAUUUUUCUUCGGAAAUCCUUCCCAUUUUAGUCUCGAGUUUGCAAAAACAUGUGUUUUGUUGUUGUUGGGUUCUGAGAAAACGAAGGAAUACAGCUUUUUUCACCAUUGAGGCACGAUUGAGAGUGGAAGCAGUGUGAGUUGAAGAAGGGCAUGGCAUCCUCAGAUGGCGAAGCCGAAGCUCUGCCAUCUACUGUGUCAAAUUACCAUUUUAUGGAUGACAGAGACGAACCCAUAUCAUUUCAUGUUCUGCCCAUUCAAUGGAGUGAAGGUGAGAGGCAGGGUGGCAAGAAAGUUAAGAUUUUUCUGCAUGGAACUGUUGAUGAUGGGAUUCAGAAGAUAUAUAAGCAUGUUAUAGCUUGGAAGUUUGACCUUUCCAAGGGAAAGCCCGAGAUUUUUGUACUCUCCAAGGAAAAUAAUUGGCUUAGGCUUCUGAAGCCGAGGAAGAGCUUUGAGGACACGGUCCGGUCAAUCUUGAUAAUGGUUCAGUUCCUUCAUUAUGUGAAGAGAAAUCCUGAAACAUCCUACAAAUCGUUGUGUACUCACUUGUCUAAAGUUUUCAGCUUGUAUGACGUCAGGCAUUCUCAUAAUGAUCUGCUGGAUCACAUUCUGUUGAUACGUGAUUCUGUUGAACGGGAUGAUGCCUUAGCAAGGUCCAAGUUUUUGGUGAAUUUUCUUGGAGAGAAGCCCGCAAAGAGGCAACUAUCUGAUGAGGACAUUCAAGGUACAAAUGAUCUCAGAUUUGUGGAUAAUCAUAUAGAACAUGAUAUGAAUGAUGGUGCAGAAAAUGAGUCCAGUGACAUUGAUAGCCUGUUUAGCUCUGUCUGUGCUUUCUGCGAUGAUGGUGGUGAUCUCUUGUGUUGUGAAGGGAGGUGCCUAAGGUCUUUUCACCCAACUGUAGAGUCUGCUGUGGGUUCUGAUUGCAAAUCUCUUGGCUUUACCAAGGAUGAAGUAGAUGCGACGCAAAAUUACUUUUGCAAGAACUGUAAAUAUAAACAGCACCAGUGCUUUGCUUGUGGGAAGCUAGGUCCCUCUGAUAAAUCUUCAGGUGCAGAGGUUGUUCCAUGUUUUUCGGCAAUCUGUGGUCGAUUUUACCAUCCACGAUGUGUUGCAAAAUUGCUUCAUCGAGAUAAUGGAGUUUCUGCCGAAGAACUUGAGAAAAAGAUUGCUAUGGGGGGGUCUUUUACAUGUCCGAUUCACAAGUGCUGCGUUUGUAAACAAGGAGAGAAUAAGAAGGAGAGGGAUUUGCAGUUUGCUGUGUGCAUGCGUUGUCCUAAAUCGUACCACAGGAAAUGCUUGCCAAGAAAGAUUGCUUUUGCAAAGGGAGGAGGAAGUGAUGGAGAACGGCUAUUAAUACCAAGAGCAUGGGAAGGUCUAUUACCUAAACGCAUUCUUAUAUAUUGCACAAAACAUGAAAUGAAUGAAGAGGGCAGAACUAUUAUAAGGGACCACUUAAAAUUCCCUGAUGUUGAAGUGAAGAAGAAUGUUACAGAAGAAAAUAAGAAAAUUUUGACAUCAGAGUCCCUCGUAGGGAGAGAGAAAGUUGUGUCUAAGAAAAUGGUUUCCUUGGAUGAAUUAUAUAGGGUAACAAUUCCUACUGAAAGAUCUGAGCAGAAGCAGAAGCCAUCUGCUGAGGAAGUGGGUGGUAGAAAUGGGGAUAAAGUAUUUUCUGGGUUUGACAGUUUGAGAAAGGUGACAAUAAAUACUGCAUCUAAAAAAGAACUGAAGACUUUCACCUCUGAGGAAAAGAAGACUCCAGUGGGCGAACAUAAAUGGAGCUCCUCUAAGAGCAAUGGUGAAGGAGAAUGUCAGAAGAGUCUCGGCCAUGGGAAUAAGCGAGGCAAUGCGACAUUAGGAAAGCUGCAGCAUGGUGGCAAAGAAAGGCACAGAAGAGGAAUUGUUGAGAUUUCAUCAGUGAACAAGCGUCGUGGCAUUGCUAAUCAGCAUUCUGAGUUGAGUGAGACUGGUAAUAUGCAGUUUGGAAUGUCUAGUGGUGGAACCAAGCUCAACAUUCCUGUUGACACAGGAUCUUGCUCACAGGUUUGCACGUGUAGGCAACAAGUUCCUGAUCUUGCACGAUGUAAUUUAGUGGGUCAGGAUUCUGUUUAUGACCGGAUUGGUUUGCGGUCUUCUACUUGUGGCCAUCAAGGUCUGGCAGCUGAGUCAUUUUCUGGAAUGAAGCCAUUAUCUAUGGUGCCGUAUGCACCUCAAUGUAAUAUUAACUGCUCAAUGCCAACUGCUUUAGUUAACAGUUAUGGUCCCGGAGAGCGUAAACCUGGCUACCUUGGCAAUCCUUUGGGUUUUGCCCCUGGCCCUCACCAGAACUACUCAGUCCAUAAUUCAGCAGGUUGGCUGGAUGAGUAAUUACAAGGAUCACGUUAGGGAGGCGCCAUCCCUUUUUUGUAAGCUUGGAAGAUGUUAAUGAUUUUGAGGGACCCGUUGGUGUAACCGUUGGUGUAAAGAGAAAUGAGUACAUGGUCUUUCUUAAUGGACUGAUGAUGAAAAUGACAAAACAAGCCAACGGCCGGGUCAAGAAUCUCAUGAAAGUUGUACAAAGCCUUUGUCUCAUCCGUUCCCAUUUGAACAUCUCUCACUAUAUACGUAUAUUUAGAAAUUUCCCUCAUCUCGGUCAACUGUUGAUUCAUGUAAGGAUCCAAGUAG